AUUUAUUAUUUUUUUGCGAAGGGUUUUUUAACUUUUUGUGCAUGUGCAAAUAAUUUUAUUUUCAUGUUGUUAAUAGCAUUAAAAUAUUUAACUGAUAUACACUAUAAUAAAACAUUAAGCGUCAGUGAAACGAAAUAUUUUCAGAUCAGUAUGAUACAACGUCUAAGCUAAGGGUAUGAAAAACCUUACAAAUAAGAAAACACAUAAUGGGCAACGAGAAUUCGCAACUGAACAGCUUAGAAAUAGAAGAAAAAGCUACAGAGUUAACAGACUUCUGGGCUCAUCAUCAAGCCACUAUAAGUGAUAGUUGUCGGUACUUUAGUUUAAAAAGUGAUGGCUCAGUAUCUGUAUUCAAAGGAGAGACAAUUUUAGGACCUUUGUGGACAGCAUCAACGCCUCUGGAGAAGUUUUCCAAUAAUUUGUUAAAGUAUCGGCACCCAUGCAUAGUGAGAUAUAUAUCUUCAUGGCAACAAAGGUCAACUUUUCAUUUAGCGACCGAGUUUGUUCAACCUCUAGCACAAGUUUUAUGCUCCCAAACACCCCUUCAAAUUUGUAUUGGAUUGAAUAAUAUCUUACAAGCCCUUGUUUUUUUACAUGAACAGGCUGGUAUGUCACACAACAACAUUAGUAUAGCAUCAAUAUAUAUCUCAGGAGACGGACAGUGGAAAUUGGCUGGCUUACAAUACUUGUGUCCAUUUAGUGAACUAAAUGCUGCCUAUCUUAAACAUUCCAGGAUACACAGAUAUGACAAAGCAGUUGAUCCUAAUGAAGAUUCAUAUGAAAUUACUACUAAAGUUGAUCAAUUUGCUUUUGCUGUUUUGGUUGAAGAUGUUUUUAAAGGCCACAAUGAUGAUGAAGUUCCACAUUUAAGGGAAUUCAAAAAAUACUGCAGUAAAUAUCUUCAAAAUUCUAAUCCUGAAUUGAGACCCAAUUUAUCAGAAGUACUGAAGGACAACUUUUUCAAUCACGAAUUCAUAUCUAUAUAUAAAUUUCUGAAUGUUUUACCUUUGAAAACUGAAGAGGAAAAAAGUGAAUUUUUCUCUAGCAUUUUAAGUAAUCUUAAGUGCUAUGAUGAAGUUACAGUUGCCAAACAACUCGGAGGACUGUUACUAUCAAGACUUACACUUUUAGAUCAGACUGCCCACAGAGAUGUGUUGCCAUUCCUUUUAAAGCCAAAAAAUGACAGAUCAAAUGGGGACUGCAUGGGAUUUUUUACCCUCAGUGUAUUUAAAGAACAUGUUAAACCUAGACUUCUGCAAUUAUUUGGAGUUAGAGAUAGUCAAAUAAGAAUGUUAUUAUUAUCUCACUUUACAAAAUUUAUUCAUGUAUUUACUCAUGAAGAACUAUCUCAACAUAUACUACCAGAGUUACUUGUGGGGAUAAAGGAUACUGAUGAUAGUUUAGUUGCAUCAACUUUACUAUGCCUUAGUGAACUAGUACCUAUUUUGGGAGCAGAUACAGUUGUAGGUGGAAAAAGAUCAAAACUCUUUACAGAUGGUAGACCAAAAUCAAAACCAGCUACAUUGAAAUCUGACAAUGAUUUAUUUGUAACAAAUAAAACUCUGUCAGACUUCCACUGUUCAGAAAGAAUGUAUUCAGACAAUACAAACACAUAUGAACAGAAUAUAUCAUUGAAUGAAAGACCUUCUCCAGUUGGUGGUGAAUCAAAUGAUGGACAUACAGCAACUGAAUUAAACAGAAGCACUAAUGCAGUAUCAGAAGAUGAAUGGGAUGAUUGGGAAAACACUAAUCCGCAAUUAGUAACAGUGAGCCUCGAUCAGGCUUCAGAUUUCCUUCUAGAAGACAAGGUAUCAACUGAGACAAACUUGGAAGAAUUAGUGAAUGUUAGUGAAAAAACAGGAAAUGGAAAAGCAACGACACAUUCAACAUUGAUGCAUAAAGCUGCUCUUGAAGCCAAAAAGAAUAUUGUUGACAUAUCUGAUUUGGAUAUAAAGAAUCUAAAAGUUGAUUUAACAAAAAAUGAUGAAAUCGACUUCUUUGCAGAUAUGAUGCCAGUUAUAGAAAAACAAAAAGUAGUUUCUGUUAAUGACAAUGCCACAGAAUUUAUACAUAAAUUGAACUUUGUACCUGAUGAAGGUGAAGAUGAAAAUGAAGCAUGGGGUGAAAAUUGGAAUGAAUGAAUGGAAUUGGAACCCCAUCAAUGUAAUAAAAUACACAUAGUACAUGUGUACUAGUAGUAAAUCUACACCAAGUUUUUUUACCAUGUAAAGUUUUAUCAUAAUAGUCAAAUGUAAAUAUAAAAAUUUCUUAUUGUAAGCUAUUAUGCACUAUUACAAAUUUAUCAUAAUAAUUAAAAGCAAAUAAUUAAAAUAAUUUAUGAAUGUAAUAAUAGACAACUGUGUUAGAUGUCACUUCAAAAGUUUUUGAUCGUAGCGAUUUUUGGAAGUUAUUUAUGUAUUUUUAAAAUAUUAAGACAUUAAUGUUUAACUUUGGAUAAAAGCAAAAUUUUCAUCUAAAUUCUAAAUUUUCUUACAUAGUACUGUACAUAAAAUGUGAAAGUUGUAAGUUUCCAGGUGCAUAUAUCAAGGUUCAUAACAUAAACUCUGUUAUUAAUAACACAACAAUAAAUGGCUUAGCCCAAUAAUUCUGACAUUGUAUGCCCUUUAA